AUGUGGCAUUCUGCUGAACGACAUCAAUCGAAAUCAUCGAAGCUCAACGGAACCAAGGCGGGUGAUACUUUGGAAACAGCUGGUGCGAAUCAUGAUCCUCCAGUCGAUAAGGGAAAGUGCGCUGUUCAAUAUUUGAUGGCUAUGUUCACUAUUGAGACGAUUGUAUGGGGAUUUGCUACCUCGUUUGGCGUGUUGUUCAAUUUUUACCAACAUGAUCCACGCAGCCCAAUAAAACCAGAUCCACAUGCCAAACUAAUACUCACUCUUGUGGGAACGAUUAACACUGGUACCAUUGCCGGUGCAGCACCACUAUUCUCAUUUUGGAUGGCCAAGAAACCAGGCAUAAGGCGUCGAUUGAUGUUUUCGGGUCUGCUUACAUGCACACUGAGCUUAUUCUUGUCUGCCUAUUCUACUUCUGCCUUUCAUAUUCUCUUGACUCAAGGGAUAGGAUACGGCAUUGGCGGGUGCGCGUUAUAUUAUUCGGCCCUUUCUCAUCUUCCGGAAUGGUUCGACCUGCGACAAGGGUUUGCAAACGGAUUCGUUUUCACCGGGACCGGCUUGGGAGGUCUGAUCUUCCCUUUGAUCUUAAACAGUCUCCUAGGGAAGUAUGGUGCCAAAUUAGCCUUGCAGAUUACCGUGAGCGGCUAA